GAAAGUUUCCUAGCAUGGUAAAGAGUUAGCAUUCAGUCAUAGAGGAAGCUGUCGCAGGGUUGAUAAAAAUUCAAACGGACAAACGUUCAGAAGGACCCUUGUCACAAUGAUUCCGUAUCUGCACCUGCUGGUGAUAGGAGCUCUACUUUGGAACCAAAACAGUAUUGUUGCAGAAGACUCAUCACCACCCACAACAACCACCAAAAAGUCUGGUCUUGCUACAACUUUUACUGUAUCCUCUGACUUGCAAGCACCUAUCUCCAAUCGCAAUGACUCAAGGACAAAUAUCACAAGCACCAGCAUGUCUGUUCUUACCACACUCUCUGCUCCCAACAACACCGAUCCAGAUGUGACUCUCUCUUCCAUGCAAACAUCCAUUCUCAGUAACCCUGCAAACGACACACCUCCACUCAGCAAUGCUUCAUCCAUUGCCCCAACCACAGGUCCGGACACUACCCAACUGACUGCCACUGUUGCCACCACCCAAGAUCAGCAGGCUUUAGAGUGUGCAAAAUUCAAACUACAACGAAAAGGAUACAAUAAUCCUGAGCUACACCUGGAAUUGGUGGAUGAAAAGAAAAUUGAAUCUAAUCGUUUCCUCAUAUGUAACAACAAGUCUGAGAGCUCGCCUUUUGUUUUUCAAGUUUUACCAUGUGAAUAUCCAGACAUCAUCUGCUAUGUAGACAACUGUACAAACCCUCUCACUUACAAUGAGACCCAGAAACCUGCUGAGAAUGAUUUUCAUUUGAACGUGACUACAGGUAGCACAUCAGUUACCUUGACUUGGAAUACGAUCUUAAAACACUGUGAGGUGAGAGGAGAAUAUAAUUGCAGCAGUGAUGAUGGGAAAUAUAAAUGGAAACAUGACUCGGCAGUAAAUCCCCCUAUUUUGGAUUCAUAUUCUAACUACACCUGCACUGCAAACUUAUUCUAUGGAAAUCAUUUAAUUAAAAAUGAGACAAGAAAAAUUAGAACAAUGAUUGGGACACCAAAAAAUGUUGACGAUCUGGUUUGUGAAGCAAUAAACGCCACAGCAAUCAAGAUUACCUGGAAAGAUCCAAAAGUCCUUACAGGGCCACCACCACUACUAUUUGAUAUUCGAGUAUAUUCAAAAUUUUCUUUCAAAGUUCAUAAUGUGAGUCUCAGAAGUUAUAUCGCUUCUGAUUUGGAACCGUAUACAGAAUAUGAAAUAGGAGUUUCUGCUGUUCAAGAAGAUGAAAGAAAUACAUUUUUAUAUGGAUCAGAAAAAAAAACAGAAUGUAAAACGGAACCUGGAAUUGUCUUUGGAGGUCCAUUGUAG